GGCAGCUCGCAUGCUGAAGAACAUUGCCUUGGUCGGAAUUUCGAAAUUGAGAAUAUGAUUGUAGAAUAUUCAAUAAGUUCCACAAUGCAGUUAUGGACACAAGACACUUUUUGACAGCCAUCAUACAUGUAUUAUUAGCUCUGUGAAGAGUGCAUUAAACUCUGUAAGCGCUUGGUUGUAUUCUGGAUUUUCACGCCUUGUUACAAAAGAUAUUCGCACCAAUAUGUGUCGGUACAUGUAACUGGUAACGACCAAUGUUUUCUGUCAUUGUAAUCGUCGCCAAUGCAUUCUCUGAGACCGUCUGGCAAAGUCCGCUAUCCAGCCACAAAAAUGAUAGAGUCAGCAACAGUGAAGGAGGAUCCCCAUAGUUUAGAAAUUGAUGAUGUCAGACCAGGAUCCAGUAAAACAACUAUAGCAAUAUCACAAGAAAAGCCACAUUUACAGCUCAGCACCAAAAAACGGGUACUGACAUCACUGACUGGAGGAGCCAUUGCUGGAGCUGUUGCCAAGACAACUAUUGCACCUUUAGAUAGAACCAAAAUUAUAUUUCAAACUUCUCAAAAAGAAUUUACCUACAAAGCAGCCAUGAAUGUACUCGGUGAAACUUACAGAAAAGAAGGAUUUUUCAAUUUAUGGCGUGGUAAUACAGCCACGAUGGCUCGUAUAAUCCCUUACGCAGCGAUACAGUAUGCAGCUCAUGAACAGUAUAAACUGUUAUUCGGUGCCAAAGAUGGAAAAGCCUUAGAUCCAUUACCACGUUUUGUUGCUGGUUCGUUAGCGGGUGCUACUGCUGUUUCCUUUACCUAUCCAUUAGAUUUAGCCAGAGCAAGAAUGGCUGUUACACAGAAAGAAAUGUACAAUACAUUAACCAGUGUAUUUUGGAUGAUUUACAAGAAAGAAGGAGUUCGAACGUUUUACAGAGGAUUUCUACCGACUGUCAUAGGUGUACUUCCAUAUGGUGGUAUUAGUUUUUUUACAUAUGAAACACUCAAGAAAUUACAUGGAGAUUAUACAGGAGGGAAAGAUCCCCAUCCAAUAGAGAGAAUGUGUUUUGGUGCUUUAGCGGGAUUAUUUGGACAGUCUGCAUCCUAUCCAUUGGACAUUGUAAGGCGAAGAAUGCAAACUGCUGGUUUGAAGGAUUAUGGACAUUUGUAUGAUACAAUUGUAAACACUAUCUCACUUGUCUUAAAACGAGAAGGACUAGUUGGUGGAUUGUAUAAAGGAUUAAGUAUGAACUGGAUUAAAGGACCAAUUGCUGUAGGGAUUAGUUUUACAACAUUUGAUCUGACACAAAGAAUGCUCAGGAAAUAUGAAAUAUUCACUUGA